AUGCCAGUCCAGGAGGGAGACAUUCUAAUUCCGGAGAACAGAAAUGCUGUACAGACUCUGUGGCCGGAUGCCACCACCCCUUACAUCAUCACUGAUGCACUGGUUUCCCGAGAGGCAGAAAUUAAAGCUGCCUUUAAGAUGAUAUCGGAUGUCACAUGUAUUCGUUUUAAGAAACGAGACACCGAGUCGAGCUAUUUGAAGUUUGUGACUGGCAAUGGCUGUGCCUCAUUCGUUGGUUGUCAAGGAGGAGCCCAGCAGCUCUUCUUUUCUUCAGAGUGCACCGUGGGGAACCUUUGCCAUGAACUGCUCCAUGCUCUGGGACUGUAUCAUGAACACACUCGUGAAGACCGGGAUAAAUAUGUCACAGUGAACUGGCAGAAUAUUGUGGCAGGUAAAGAAAAUAACUUCAAGGUGAAUCCUGGAAACACUCAAAACCUACCAUAUGAUCUCACGUCCAUAAUGCACUACGGGCGGGAUUUCUUCAGUACAAAUGGAAAUCCAACUGUGUUGCCUAAGCAGAGUGGUGUGGAGAUAGGUCAGAGGAAACAUCUGAGCCAGCUGGACAUAGAAAGAUUGAAUAAACUCUACCGCUGUGGUAAAAUUUGA